AUGAUGGAAGACCCAUCAUCGAAAGCAGAGAUCACACGAGUUCUUAAAGUCCUAGAAGUGCUAAAACAAGCUUCUCAUGAGUUGCAAACACACCCGAGUCUCGAUUCGGCCGAGUCCAACUCGCCUGCCGUUAAAGCUCUGUUAGAGCUCGAGACUGAAUCAGAUACAAUUCUUUCCAAAGACCCACAUCUCUCUACCCUUUCUCAACACCUUGCUACCCUCAAAUCCCUUGUUGCCACUCUAGAGCAAAGCUGUGGGCACGGACUUCGGAGUUUCUUGACUCGCCGAGUCUCGACUCAGGCUAUCUCCCGAGUUGCUGGGUCGAUAGAGAUGGAGAUUCAAGCUUGGAUUGAUCGUGAAAGUAUAGAGAGUUUGAUGAAAGGUUUGAAAGAGCCGUCGCAAACCGAGGAAGAUGAGUUGGUGAGUUUGUUGAGUCAGUUUGAAGAACGAGUUUCACAAGGGUUUAAUCGUGAGUUACAAGACUUGGUGCUUAAAUCAAAGAUUUUUUGUUUACUUGAGAAAAUUGUAUGUGAUCCCAGUUGCUCAAAAAAGGUAAGAGAACAGUGUGCUUUUGUUGUUUCAGCUUUGAUUAAAUUCAACAAGGAUGUUUUUGUUGGUCAAGUGCUGAUGGGUCGUUUGAUUCAUGGUCUUGUCUCAAUGGCUUCUUGGAAAUCAAUCAAAGUACUUUGUUUACUAAUUAAGUCGAUAAAAUCACCACUUGUUGAUGAGAUUGAAUCUAAUGGCGAAAUCCCAAAAAUCAUUAGCUUCUUGGACUACAAAGACUUGCAUUUUAGAGUCGUAGCAAUGGAUUGCAUUCUUGAAAUUGGCUAUUUCGGCCGAAAAGAGGCAAUUGAAGCUAUGCUUAAAGAAGGGUUGAUAAAGAAGCUAGUGGAGUUGCAAAGAUUAGAACGUGGGGAUUUGAUUAAUAUGGGAAUGUUAGAUCAUGAGAGAGAGAAUGGUGAAGGAGAGAAGAGGCUUUUAGAGAGUCAUCCAUUUGCAGGUUGUGUGGCAAGAUUUGCAGUUCAAUUAGAGGUAGGAGAAGGGCUAAGGCAAAGAGAGAGGAGGGCAUUUAAGCAAGAGAUACUGAAGAGAGUAAGGGAAGUUUGUGCUUCUGAUGCUGAGGCUGCUACAAUUAUAGCUGAAGUUCUUUGGGGGUCUUCACCUUAA